AUGCUGGUAUUGUAUAUAAAGCAAGUGCAAUGGUUUGCUCAUCACGUUGCAGCACGACUCAACGCUCCGUUUGGCGAACAAGCUAGGGUUACUGUGCACACUAAUUUUACCUGUACCCUUGAUUUCACAUUGGAAUCUCUUCCUCUUCUCGCAGAGAGCACCAG